AUGGAGAUCGGAGGGGAAGUAGGUGCACACAACAGGGAGGUUGAAGAUGGGUCUGUAGAUUAUAAGGGAAGGGUUCCUCUCAGGGCAACCACCGGGGGUUGGAAGGCUUCUCUCUUCAUCAUAGCGUUGGAGUUCGGGGAGAGGCUUUGCUACUUCGGCAUCGUCUCAAACCUUUUCAUGUAUCUCAUGACUGUGCUCCACCAAGACGUGAAAACAGCAGCUAAGAACGUGAAUGAAUUUGUUGGAGUGAGCACAGUUGUGCCUCUGAUUGGGGGCUUCUUAGCCGAUUCUUACACCGGUAGUUUCCGGAUGGUCGUCUUAUCCUCCUCACUCUACCAAAUAGGUCUGAUGCUUCUAGCCGCAUCACAGCUGCUGCCACUCUUAAAGCCACCAGCAUGCGUGGGCGAUUCAUGCAGCGGAUCCCUUGGGCUCCACAAGACUGUGUUCUUCGUAGCACUGUACCUCAUCUCCGUGGCGUCAGGAGUGCAUAAACCCUCACUAGAAAGCUUUGGUGCAGACCAGUUUGAUGAGACUGAUCAUGGUGAGAGGAGGAAGAAGACGUCCUUCUUCAACUGGUGGUUCUUCGGAGCAUGCAGUGGAACCCUUCUCGGCGUCUCUGCCUUCGUCUACGUAACUGAACACCUUGGUUGGGGCGUAGGAUUUGCUGUGCUCGCCGUCGUCUUGGCCAUAGUCUUUCUGUCUUUGCUCAUUGGAACACCCUACUAUAGGUACAAGGUGCCUCGCGGGAGCCCAUUGACUCCCAUGCUGCAGGUCUUUGUCGCAGCCAUGGCUAAAAAGAAGCUGCCCCUUCCUUCUGACCCUUCACAGCUCUAUGACCCGGUGGUACCAGGGAGGAGACGCGUUUCUCACACAUCCAGGAUGAGGUUCCUUGACAAGGCUGCAAUCAUAGACCAAGUUGAACCACAAGAAGGAAGCAAGAAGAUGACCGGCCAGAAUCCGACCAGUGAAUAUUGCCGCCACCCAUGGAGGCUGGCGACAGUGACACAGGUGGAGGAGACCAAGCAGCUGGUAUCUAUCAUUCCCAUCUGGUCCGCGGCUCUCAUGUACGGUAUCUGCAUCGCUCAAAGCGACACCUUCUUCAUCAAGCAGGGCUCUGUCAUGGACAGGCAUAUAACCCCCAGCAUCGAGAUCCCCGCCGGCGCCAUCCUCACCAUCUCCACGCUCUCCAUGGUCAUCUUCGUCGGCUUAUAUGACCGGCUAGUUGUCCCAGCCCUCCGGCGAUUCACCGGCAACGAGAGGGGCAUCACCAUCCUCCAAAGAAUAGGCGUAGGCUUGUUCAGCUCCAUCUCCUUCUUAGCCGCUACUGCAAUUGUAGAAAAGAAACGCAAGGAUUCUCCUGAACCCAUCAGCUUCCUCUGGCUGUGCCCACAACUCGUCCUCAUGGCCAUCUGUGAAAUCUUCACCUUCGUGGGCUUACAGGAAUUCUUCUAUGGCCAGGUGCCUGAGAACAUGAAGAGCCUGGGGAUGGGUAUCUACCUAAGCGUGUUUGGCGUUUCGAGCUUGCUUAGCAGCAUGUUGAUUUCCAUCGUCGAUUUCUUAACCUCUAGAGGAGGGAACAGCAGCUGGUUUCAAGAAGAUCUUAACAAGAGCAAGAUCGACUACUUCUUCUGGUUGUUGGCAGCGAUGAGCAUCGUGAAUUUCUGUUUCUUCGUCUGCUUGGCCAGAAGGUACAGUUACAAGCCCGUGAAGGGGCUUCGAACCGAAGCAGUUGUUGAUCUCCGGGAUGGCGAUCACGAAAUGAGCUCAGACUAA